CAAGAACAAGACUAUCCUCCAAAGCCGUGCUGGGUUUUUUGACUAGCAUUUACAUAUCACACGACAAACAGCGCUGGCCUCACACAGCAGCCUUCCUGGCUCUCCCUCGGGGCCGGCUUGUCCGUGCUGCUCCAGGACUGACCCGCUGUAUCUUCUUACCAGGCAGGGGUGCAGAAUAAAACGGCAGGGAUCUCCCCAGGCGGGGUGGGCAGCGAGCCAAAGGGCUAAGCUACCAGCUAAGCCAGUUGAAAAGAUCUGGGGCUAAUAUUUCCAAAACUUUGCUCCCCGGAUGCAGCGUCUGAACACAGACCCAGGGGAAGCCGUGCUCCCCCGUCCUCUCCAAAGCGCAAUGGGGUGUCAGGCAGCUGCCAGCUCCAGUCAGUGUGGAGACCCAAACACGCUGCCCCCUAACUGUGCCUGGAGCUGCCCUUAAUAACUAGCUGCCCUCCACUGACCCUUCCGAGCAGCCAGACUCAUACCGGCAGCUCAGACGAAGGCUGUGCCCUGUUUGGCCCAAGCCCUAGUGCAGCCGGGAGCAGGAGAAAGAGCCUGCCAGGACCCAUGGAUGGCGCAGGGUCUGACCCAACGCCAGCCAGGAGUCAGCAGCCGGGUGCACGGAGACAGCAGCAGGCGUGCGUGUGGCCACUGCUUCAGGCACACGCUGGGGCGAUUAGAUGCAUGCGUGACAUUCUUCUCGUUAGCAGGUGCCUGCAAAAAUACCACUCCCCCCACGGGGGAAUCAGACCCACGCGACGUCGAGGGCGGCUGGGUUUGUGCUGCGGCCUCUCUCCAGCCUACCUGGGCGCUCCCGUUGCUUACUGCUGCCCCCUGGUGGCAGGAAAGACACCAGCCACCUGGGAAGGAGCCAAUCCCGCUCCCAUUGCUGUUUGGCCAUUGGAUGCCAAAGGAGCCGGAGUGAGAGCUAACCUGUGCUGGGAAUGAACCAUCUGGGAGGAACACGUAAUGCCCUCCCCAGCUAGCUGAAGGCUUAAGGCCUCCCCUCCCUUGACAGAGGUUGUCAUAGAGUUACACUUGAACAGUGCCUGACAGAGUUUUGCUGUGUAGCAUUAAAGAUAGCCGGGGGUACAGCAGGCGAGGAAUCCAUCAGUGAGGGUACCGCUCGCCCCUGGAUGAACUGCAGGAGGAUGUCCGCCAGCCGCACCUGAAGGGGGACAUGACUGAUUGCUGCCUAGCACCUCUGCUGUGACUAAACCUCAGGUUUGAGAGCUGAGGGCUGCCCAGAGGGUUAUCACAGAGACAGUACAAGCAGCUUAUCUCCUAUGCAUGGCACAGUAGUUAUUGCCCGAAUAUUAUUAUGUGCAUCACCGAUACGAAAUGGAGAGACGUCCACAAAACAUUCAACGGGGAGGAGUUAUAUGAAGGCUGAUUAGAGAGAUAAGGUGGGUGAGGUGAUAUCUGUUAUUGGGCCAACUUCUGUUGGUGAGAGAGACAAGCUUUCGAGCUACACGGAACUCUUCUUUGGGUCCAGUCAAGUACAACAACUUAAAUGCAAACUAAGACAAGCAUACACUCCUUUAUUCAAGACAGGUCUGUUUGACCAGUUUGAUGUUACGUGAGUCUGGAUGUGUAUUUUUAACAUCAUACCGGGGGAAAUGUAUAACUUUACACAGAAUGCUGCUACACACAUUUCACCGUGAUAUUAAUGAUCAGCACAUUAUGAGUUUUCAAAUGAUACCACACAAGGCAUGCCUUGUACAAAGAUUAUUACAGUAGUGCGUAGGGUGUGACUACAGGGGUGCAUUCCAUCACACACUGCUAAAGCAAUGCUCCCCUAGCUGUUUUUCUCCUGGGUUGGUCCCGUGGGAGCUUUCCCUCCCUUUUCAAUCCACUUUAGUCUCCAAAUGUAAGUGCCACCAGCACAAGGCUCAGAGCUGCAGCAGGGCUCCUUGAUAGUUAAGAGUGAAAACAUCCAGGACAUAUGGUCUACCUCCCUCUCUGAGAAUCAACUGGAGGGAAGUUUCAAGGGGCCUGGAAGCUUGUAGACAACCCACCCUUCAAACACUCGCCGGGAAGCCAGUUUAAACACCUUGUUGACAGCUGAAAGGCUAGUCUGAGCAAAUCAGCCAUCUGUAGGGUAGGAGCCUAUUGCGUGAGGCACCUGAUGAAGUGCCACUGGGCUUAGUUCUUCAGUGCUCAGACACAGGCCUUCACUGAACACGUCUCAUUGUCACAGCCGCCACAAUGGUCCAGAGGGAAACAGCAUAGGAUGAAGGACAGAAAUAUCCAACCCCGAAGCAGCUACUCCUUAUUAGAGCUGUGUGAAUAACAGAUUCCAAAAACUCAGGAUGGGGAAGGGAUAAAACAAAGGAAGUUCACACAGGUGAAGGAACAUCCUUCCACACAGAGUCUUUGUCUCUGGUUAUCAGCUGGAAAUGCUUUUCAAGAGGGGGACCGAAACUAUAAAAAGGAGGGGCAAACACCCCAAGAGACCCCCUCCUCUCUCUCCCUCUCUUUGCACCUGAGAAGACAAAAAGAAGACGCCAUUGGACUCUGGCGGAGUGGUCCUAACCUGAAGAGUUUGGUCAGGAAUGCCGUUGGGCAUGUUGGGAGAAACUUUGCUUUAAAUUGAAUAUAAUUUGUUGGCACCAGAAAGGGUUUUAUCUUUAUUUUUCUUGUAAGCAUUUUUGCCUCUUCUGCCUCAUUGCUUGUACUCGCUUAAAAUCUCUCUCUUCGUAGUUCAAUCACUUGUUUUAUUGUUUAACUUAAACACAUUGGAUUAGAUAAGAGUGUCUGGGUGACUAUUUAAGGUAUACGCUGGUGUAUAUUAUUCUCUUAAAAGGAAUAAUGGACUUAAUAUAUUUGGACUGGACAGGACAGGGCUGGGCAGUACAAGACAUACAUUGCUGGGGGAAAAUCCAGGCCUGGGAGUGUGUUGGGGUCACCCUGCAGAAUAACCCAGGCUAGUGAGAGCCAGAGCGUAGCUGGCAGGCUGCAGGUACACACAGAUACUCAAGAUGCAGGUUGCAAGCUGUUGGGCUGUUUGUGAGAAGCCCAGAUGCGAGUUACUGCAGCAAGGUAGUGUAAGGUGCCCAAGAUUGCAUGCAGGGCUCUGUGCACUAGAUCCGCAUUUCUUAACCUUCCUAGGUUGGUGACCUCUUAUAUGAAAUUGAAACCUUUCACAACCUCCUUCCAUGUGCUAUAAAAGAGUAAAAAGGUCUCAUUGCAUGUAAAGAUUAAAGUCCCUUUUUGGUUAGCACGCUAGGUGAGGACCGUGUCUCAAAUUAGCAGCGAGAGAGCUUCCUGUGCAGCUUCCGAUGGAACUUUGCAUAGCCAAUCAUUGUUCUCCUUUAUCCCCCCCCACUGGGGACUCAUAUAUGGUGAGACGUGCCACUUCAGGGUCCAUUUCAGAACCUCUGCCUGUGAACCACUGGAGAUAAACAAAGGUACUGUGUUCAAAUCAUGGAGGAAGGGGGAAAGGGGGAGGCGCAUGCUUAGAGCAGGAUACAUCCUGUUUUAGAGAAUCAUGUUUUCCAAGAAGGACAGCAGGCUGAUUUUGGAAAAUACACAGGAAGUGUCCGGUAACUGAGGCUGAGGGCCGUGUUGGAGUUGCUUGUCAAUGUCUCGGUAGGAAAUAGAGCGGGGAGGCAGCUGGAAAUGUUUGUCAUCGGGGCAAGUGGAAGGAUUUUGCAGCUUGGAGCAGGAUCAGGUUGGAGGUGAUUGUCUUGGGGGGGUAAAGGUUAAUGUCGGUCUUAGAGCAAAGGGGAGAGAGCACAGGUUUUGACUGCUGUGUUUACUCCACUGAAACCCGUCACGAUCAGAUGAAAUGGGAGAAGAGACUUUUCUGAAAGGAGUUAAUGUUCUCAAGAAAAAAGAAUCAGAUUCUUUUGUUCUGUCGUAAGGCACGAUGGGCCGGAUCCUUAGCUUCCAUAUCUCAGCAUCCCUCUGUCAACUCCAAUGGAGCAUGCUGAUUUACGCUAGCCCAAUGUAGAGACAGGCUUACCCAGGACUAACUGGGGAGAUAUUGGAAUAAACCAGGAGUAGAUCCAAUGAAGUUAGUGGAAUUAUAGCGGUGUAACUGGGAGCAGAAUCUGGUCCUAUAUAUGUCCCUUGCUAGUUUUAUCAUAGGAAGCAUGGUUAUACUUGAACUGCUGCAUGGAACGCUAAUGCAGAAGACUUUGGCAGCUCAAUUGUCAGUUCUAGGCUCUUUAUGCAUUAGAUGCAGCUUGUAGCAGAGUAUUUUCUAGCUCCUUCUGAAGCCAGAAGAAUCUUGACUGCAGAACAUUGAUUUCACAACAAUAUUUAGCUUUUGGUUUAACAACACUGAAGGGGCUUUGGGUUGCUGCCUUUUAAAGUCUCCUCUGCAACUCAAGAGGUCAUCAAAAUAUUUUCUAAUGAUAUAUUUCUAAAGCUCUUGCUCCCUUCGGGCUCAGAUCAGUUACGAUUAGGGCUGUUCGAAAGAUGGAACUCUCCCUUGGCCGGGAAGGUUGGCUUUUUCAAAUUGUUUCCUGUUCCGAAUCAGAAGGAAACGUUGAAAUGUCCAUUUUUUUCAUGCCAUGAAGAAUUCCAAAAAGAGUUUUGACUGAAACGAAAUGAUUCAAAAUGGCUAAACAGCACUUUCCAUUUCGAAACAGCAUUUAGGAACUGUGUGCACUGAAGGAGACUGCUGUCUGUAGGACCCCGGUGUCAUUCGUGGCAGAAGCUGGAAGGUGUGUAGUGAAUGAGGCAGGGGCUUGUGGGAAGAGAAAGGAGGGUCUCCUGGUUAAGGCAGUUGAAUUCUACCUACUCUACCUAUGUGAUGCUGGGCAAGUCACUCCAAUGAGACUUUUCACGAGUGGUCAAUAAUUGUGUGCUCCUCAUUUCCUGGACGUCUGACUUGAGAUACUUGGGGUUUGAUUUGCAGAAGUACUAAGCACUCACAGCUGAAACUGAGGUCAGUGGGAGCUCUUCUCAGAACAAAUAAAAUGCUAUAAAAAGUUAAGUACUCUGACAAAUCAGGCCCUGGGCUUCUUAAAUUGGGCAGCCAAAAUUAAUUAAUAUUUUUGACAAUUUUGGCCUUGAUUUCUAUGCAUUGGUUCCCCACCGCUAAAAUGCAAAUACUACUUGCCCCUCCCCAAACAGGGAUGGUGUGACGAUGAAUUCCACUCCCCCCACGGGGGAAUCAGCCCCACGUAGGGUUUGCAAAGCGCUAAGAUACUACCAUGAGAAUAGCAUAGAGAAAUCAACGAGGAAUUAAAUAAUUCUGUAGUCAGUGCAGAGUUUGAAUAGAGCACAGUAGAUAAUGCAUGCGGGGGCCACAUAUUAAAUGAUGAGAACAGAAAGAGAUCUUGAAUAGCUACCCAUUCACAGAGCACCAUCCAUUCUGAGUACUGAAUGAAGCAGGGGUCCUGUGGAAAAAAACAGUAUGUGACUGUGUAAUUAAAGACUGUAUCAAAAUGCACAAGGGGGUGAAUUAAGGUUGCAUGGGCAACCUUAAAUCUAGCAUUUCCGAAUUAUUGAUUUUGCUUGAUUUUGCAACCUUAACAUUCUUUUUUUAAGUAUCAUUUCAGACUAUAACAUGCUAUAAAACUCAGCAGUACAAGGCCUAGACAGAGUUAUCACAGUACAUAGAGAUCUUUCAUGUACCCGUGAGUUUCUCAUUGAAUCCCACCCAGCUUCCUCAGUCAUCUAAAACCAAGUCUAAAAUUUCUAUUCCACCGGAAAUGAAUGAGGAUGUGAUAACCUACUCAGCUCUGAAAUUUGAUGAGUCUAGAAGGCCAAGACCUGGUGACAAAGCAACACGUAAGGAAUUGGCAACGAACCAGGAACUGAACCAUCACACCCCAGCUAAGCAGCAGGGAAGCCAAAGACCUCAAGGUGCGGGAGACAAAGAUCCUCUGCCUUCUCGAUGGUUGCUCACUACAGUUAUCCUUGGGAUUCUCUGCCUGCUUUUGUUGAUAGCAACAGGAGUUUUGGUUUCCAAGGUCACUCAGUGUGACGGCCAGCAGAAAAAUCUCACCCAGCAGCCGAAGGUUUGCCAAAGCCAACCCACAAACCACCCAGGGACUCCGCCGGAGCUGCCGAACAACAGAGACACUCAGUGGCGUGGCCAGCAGGAAGUCCUCACCCAGCAGGUGGAAAAUCUCACCCAGCAGCUGAAGUUGUGCCAAAGCCAAACCACAAACCACCAAGGGGACAAAUGUCCGGUACGGUGGAUACAGUCCAGUGACAGCUUGUACCUCUUUGCUGCUGCAACCAGAACUUGGGAACAGUGUCAGUCCUACUGCUCAUCUCAAUCUGCCCAGCUGCUUAAAACUGAGAACAAGGAAGAGAAGAAUUUCAUAAAACAAGAAUCAUAUCUUUAUUUUGAUAUACGUCAAAACUUUAAAUAUUAUUUCCCUUUCUGGAUUGGAGCAUCGUAUGAUUCCCGCACCAGGAAGUGGGUCUGGGUGGACAGCACAGCUCUCUCCUCUGGCCUGCUUGAAAUCCCAGAAGCUGAUAGCCAGCAUUAUCGGGGCGGAGCUUGUGCCUAUAUCCAAGGUGGGACUUUCAAAGCUGGAGCCUGCGGAGAAACUCGAUCCUGCCUUUGCGAGAAGAUGAAGGAUUUGACAAGAACUUGAACUCCCUCAUCAGGAACGGGCCUGGACAGUCUGCUAAACCAAACAGAGAUGGAAAGAUCUCAUUUCCUGUCUUGGUAAUUUCCUCUAUCUGCUCGCUUAUGUUGCACGUGUGAGAGUGGACUACAAUCGCUUUCCCCUACAGCCUGACUUCAUCUGCUGGCGUCUGUAGUGGUUGGAUAAAUCUGCUCCCCUCAUCUCACCUAAUGUUUUUUUCUUGGCUGUAUGGGGGGUAUUCAUGCAACGUUGAGAAGCACUAAGGUAAACUGUUAUUCUCCAGAGCCUAUGGCGUAUACAGACAUAUGUAUGUGCUACACAAUCAUAGACAUGAGCGAUGGAAAGACGUAUGGACUCUCCUAAUGCAGCUCCCUGCCAAUGCUCUAUUGCCCCCUAUUGUAUAUCACUAUAGUGUCUGAUCCUGUCUAAUUUCCAGAGUUUCAAGUGCCACCAUGUCCCUAGGCAGACUCCAAAUCGUAUAUCUGAAACACGAGUUGAAUACAAAAACAAAUAAAGGU